UAUUUGUACCUCGCCGCAUCCUGUAAUGUUUCCCGCGGUCGCUAUGGGAACGCUGGGAGCGGAGAAGCGGCGGAGUGUGUGGGUAGACCGCCAUCAGCCGGGAGCCGGGACUGUGCCGGGAGAGGCUGCUGUGGACACUGCUACAAAUGACAGAAGACUUCUUAAAGACACAGACUUUAUAUGAUCGAAUGAAUUUGAUAUGAUAGAGGCGUUAUGGACGUAGAGUCGGCUUACGGCGAAUUCAUAUCGUGUGACAGAACGGGCAGACGCAACGCAGUGCCUGACAUCAAGGGAGAAUGUGCCUCGACGGGGGUGACAGAACUUUCCGAGGACAUGGGAGACAUGUCCAUCCAAGGAGCAGAAGGACAAGCGGCAGCAGCAGCAGCAGCUUCCGACACUGGGCAGGAGCAGAGCCCGAAAGCACAAGAUGGUAGCUCACCGUCAUGAAUUACUUAUGUCUUGCAGACAUCCGUACUGACUUUCAUACAGAAAGAGACCUCUGUGAACAAGCACCAAACGGUUUCUAUGGGGCUCCAGGCUGAAGAGUACACUGGAUUCGGCUAUUUCAGCUCACGCACAUGCCUAAGAAUGUAAUCCGAAUGCAUGACUCAAACCCGCCACCCGGUGGCCAAACGUGCUCAUUGCAUCUCUUCAGUCUCCACCCGACCAAAACUUGCCUUAGCGAUUCGAGCCCUUUCUAGAAACGUACAAACGAUAUGCAAAUCCGUAACCGACGCGUGAUACUUUGAUGACGGUACUGCCCCCACUCUCCCUUUCUAUUUUCUAGGUAAGCAGAUAUUUAUUGUAGAACUUCAGAAAGCGAUUUGCCUGUUCUUAAACAGUUUUGGUGACACACUGCCAUAUAAAAGAAA